UAGAAAUAAACUACAAUGGCGGAUGAUAAGCAAAUAAAAUAUCUCAUGCACUACAGACGAAAUAAGAGUUCAGAAACCGAAACAGUGCAUCCUAACGUUAAAAAUAGAAGAGAGAAGAAUUUUACAACCAAUAAGUUUUUUAAAAAAAGCAGGAGUUUCUAUAAUGAUGUUACAAUAAUUGUUCAUAGAAAGAAAAAUUGCAGAUUAUCAACACAUGAUUCUAUGCAUCUCAUGACAAAAUUUAAACAAAAAAGUACAUCUACAUGUUACUCAAACACCAGCCGUAAACAAGUACCAUUAAACUAUUCAGCAUCCCUUCAAACUGUACCUUUUCAUAAUCAGAACAGCCGAAAGAUGCGAUCUUCUCAGAACCCGUCACCUCAUUAUGCUUUUGCCAAAUGGGACGUUUAUCGGUGUCAAUUUAGUACACAAGAAGAGAGCUGCUGUUGUUCAUGUAAUUCAGAUGCUAUGUUUGAGGUCAUGAAAAGUCUGUACGAUUGUUAUAAAAAGAAAAAUUGUGAUAAUUGCAAUUGUAUACUUUGUGGACAUCUUCCUAGAGAAGAGCGACGUUUAGGUGAAUUGCGUAAAACUGGAAUUACUGAGUUGGGAGUUAAAGAAAAGAAGAAAGCUAAACGAAAAAUAAAAAGUAAAGAACUUUUAGCCAUCAAAAAAGCUAAAACUCCUGAAGAAAAGGAAGCAGCAUUAAAGAAACUAAUAUUAUCUGGUGUAGCUUUGCCAGAGCCAAAAACAACAUCGGAAAAAGACCUGAUUGAAAAAGUUAAAACACAACUAGCUCUUCCUCCGCAGCCGCAGAGUAAAUCAGAAAAGGAAUUAUACAAAAGAGCCGAAGCUGAAGGUCUCAUUACCCCUCUCGAGGGUAAAACUAAAUCACAAAAGUUCAAAAUUUUAGAAAAACAAAGAGAUCUGGGAAUAUCUUUACCCGAAGGACGUACUCUAUCUGAGAAAGCGCUAAUAGAAAAGAUUAAAUCAGCUGGAGUAGCAUCAGUUGCUACUGAAGUACCAUCAGAAAAAUUACGUAAAGCUAAAAAAGAAGGUCUUUUAACUCCACUGGAAGGAAAAACACCACAGCAGAAAAAGACAAUUCUUAAAGGCUUGGCCAUGAAUGGAAUUCCUUUGCCAAAGGGAAAGACUAACUCGGAACGUAACUUAAUUGAUCAAGUCCGAGAUGAACUUGGGCUUCCUCCACAACCUAAAACAUUAGCAGAUAAAAAAAAUUAUAAAAGAGCUUUCAACGCAGGUAUAAUAACUCCAUUAGAAGGAAAAUCUUCUAGACAGAAAGAAGAUAUCCUAAGGAAACAGGCAGAAAUGGGUUUACCUCUACCCCGAGGAAGAACACCAUCUGAGAAAGCUCUUAUUGCAAAGAUUCAAAAAACUACGAGGCCACUUUCAGAGUUUAAAGUUCCAUCAGAAAAAAUUAGAAAAGCCAAAGCUGAGGGAUUGUUGACGCCUUUAAAAGGCAAAACAAAAGCACAAAAAGAAAAAAUUCUACGAGGUUUAGCUAAAAAUGGAAUUCCCCUUCCUGAAGGGAAAACCGAGUCUGAAAAAAAAAUUCUUGAUAAGGUAAGGGCAGAUCUCGGAUUGCCACCGGAACCAAAAACUUCAGCUGAAAAAACUAAAUACAACAAGGCAUUCGCUUCUGGCAUAAUAACUCCAUUAGAAGGCAAAACGCCCCAACAGAAAGAAGAAAUUCUAAGGAAACAAGCUGAAAUUGGUAUACCUCUGCCACAAGGAAGGACAGCAUCAGAAAAAGCUCUUAUAGCAAACAUUCAACAGACUGUAAGACCAACGUCAGCGAUAAGAGUCCCAUCAGAAAAAAUGAGAAAAGCAAAAGCUGAAGGAUUAUUAACACCUUUAAAGGGAAAGACAACAGCCCAGAAAGAAAAUAUUCUUCGAGGCUUAGCUAAGAACGGUAUUCCCCUUCCUGAAGGAAAAACUGAAUCUGAAAAAAAAAUUAUUAAUAAGGUAAGAGAAGAUCUCGGAUUACCACCAGAACCAAAAACUUCAGCUGAAAAAACGAAAUAUAACAAAGCAUUCGCUUCUGGCAUAAUAACUCCAUUAGAAGGGAAAACGCCCCAACAGAAAGAAGACAUACUAAGGAAACAAGCUGAAAUUGGUAUACCUCUGCCCCAAGGAAGAACAGCAUCAGAGAAAUCCCUUAUAGCAAAAAUUCAACAGACUGUAAGACCAACGUCAGCGAUAAGAGUCCCGUCGGCAAAAAUGAGGAAAGCAAAAGCAGAGGGAUUGUUAACACCUUUAAAGGGAAAGUCAACAGCACAGAAAGAAAAUAUUCUUCGAGGCUUAGCUCAAAACGGUAUUCCCCUCCCUGAAGGGAAAACUGAGUCUGAAAAAAAAAUUAUUAAUAAGGUAAGAGAAGAUCUAGGAUUACCACCGGAACCAAAAACUUCAGCUGAGAAAACUAAAUACAACAAGGCAUUCGCUUCUGGCAUAAUAACUCCAUUAGAAGGUAAAACGCCCCAACAGAAAGAAGACAUACUAAGGAAACAAGCAGAAAUUGGUAUACCUCUGCCCCAAGGAAGAACAGCAUCAGAGAAAGCCCUCAUAGCAAAAAUUCAACAGACUGUAAGACCAACUUCAGCGAUAAGAGUCCCAUCGGAAAAAAUGAGGAAAGCAAAAGCAGAGGGAUUGUUAACACCUUUAAAGGGCAAGACAACAGCACAGAAAGAAAAUAUUCUUCGAGGCUUAGCUCAAAACGGUAUUCCCCUUCCUGAAGGGAAAACAGAAUCUGAAAAAAAAAUAAUUAAUAAGGUAAGAGAAGAUCUCGGAUUACCACCGGAACCAAAAACUUCAGCUGAAAAAACGAAAUACAACAAAGCAUUCGCUUCUGGCAUAAUAACUCCAUUAGAAGGGAAAACACCCCAACAGAAAGAAGACAUACUAAGGAAACAAGCUGAAAUUGGUAUACCUCUGCCCCAAGGAAGAACAGCAUCAGAGAAAGCCCUUAUAGCAAAAAUUCAACAGACUGUAAGACCAACGUCAGCGAUAAGAGUCCCGUCGGCAAAAAUGAGGAAAGCAAAAGCAGAAGGUUUGUUAACACCUUUAAAGGGCAAGACAACAGCACAGAAAGAAAAUAUUCUUCGAGGUUUAGCUCAAAAUGGUAUUCCCCUUCCUGAAGGGAAAACUAAGUCUGAAAAAAAAAUUAUUAAUAAGGUAAGAGAAGAUCUCGGAUUACCACCGGAACCAAAAACUUCAGCUGAGAAAACUAAAUACAACAAGGCAUUCGCUUCUGGCAUAAUAACUCCAUUAGAAGGUAAAACGCCCCAACAGAAAGAAGACAUACUAAGGAAACAAGCAGAAAUUGGUAUACCUCUGCCCCAAGGAAGAACAGCAUCAGAGAAAGCCCUUAUAGCAAAAAUUCAACAGACUGUAAGACCAACGUCAGCGAUAAGAGUCCCAUCAGAAAAAAUGAGAAAAGCAAAAGCUGAAGGAUUAUUAACACCUUUAAAGGGCAAGACAACAGCACAGAAAGAAAAUAUUCUUCGAGGUUUAGCUCAAAAUGGUAUUCCCCUUCCUGAAGGGAAAACUAAGUCUGAAAAAAAAAUUAUUAAUAAGGUAAGAGAAGAUCUCGGAUUGCCACCGGAACCAAAAACUUCAGCUGAAAAAACUAAAUACAACGAAGCAUUCGCUUCUGGCAUAAUAACUCCAUUAGAAGGCAAAACGCCCCAACAGAAAGAAGACAUACUUAGGAAACAAGCUGAAAUUGGUAUACCUCUGCCCCAAGGAAGAACAGCAUCAGAGAAAGCCCUUAUAGCAAAAAUUCAACAGACUGUAAGACCAACGUCAGCGAUAAGAGUCCCAUCGGAAAAAAUGAGGAAAGCAAAAGCAGAGGGAUUGUUAACACCUUUAAAGGGCAAGACAACGGCACAGAAAGAAAAUAUUCUUCGAGGCUUAGCUCAAAACGGUAUUCCCCUUCCUGAAGGGAAAACAGAAUCUGAAAAAAAAAUAAUUAAUAAGGUAAGAGAAGAUCUCGGAUUACCACCGGAACCAAAAACUUCAGCUGAAAAAACGAAAUACAACAAAGCAUUCGCUUCUGGCAUAAUAACUCCAUUAGAAGGGAAAACGCCCCAACAGAAAGAAGACAUACUUAGGAAACAAGCUGAAAUUGGUAUACCUCUGCCCCAAGGAAGAACAGCAUCAGAGAAAUCCCUUAUAGCAAAAAUUCAACAGACUGUAAGACCGACG